UCGGCCGUACGCCCGCUGUCAAUGGCGCCUUUUUUUAGCGAAAGCACGCACGAUUUGUGUCUGGCGACGUAAUCGUCGCUAACGCCAUCGGGCCGCGCUCAGUCGAUCGCGAUCGUCGCUCACGGACGCGUCCCACUUCGUUCGUGUCGGGCCACGCGUAACGAUAGCCGGUCCGACGUCCACGCGUCCGAGAGACGAGAUCAGCGCGGAGAGCAUAUGUCACCGUAUCGUUGGCGAGCCCCGGGAGCGUUUACGCUUGGCGUCAUCGCGCGGUGAAACCUCGCGCUAUGUGCCUCGCGAGCAAUCGAACGGUCAAGGGUUCCCGACAGGACUAUAUCGCGUGAGACCCGGAGGAUAUCCAGUCGGUAAAUUUUCAAAGAGUAGUUUGAAUAAUUCACGCUCACUCCUCUCCCCCCCAAUAUUGUUCUUACUCCAACGAGAUCUGACGAACUUGACCCGAAGACAACGGCGGCUACUAAAAUUAUGUUGACGAUACGCGACUGACGAAGGAUCAAUAAAAGAAGAUCUUGAACUUGAAAGGGAAAGUAAGAAAGAGAGAGAGAGAGAUAAGAAAGGGGACAGAAGAGCGGAAGAGGCAUUGUUCGAGAGAAAAGGAGUCGUCGUUUGUUGUUCGGAGGAAAAACGGUCGCCGCUUUUGAAAUCACCGCCACGCGGUGGUGCGCGGUGCGCUAUACCCGGUACAACAGAAAUCUAGAAUCAGGCUGGAGAUGAAAUAGUCACCGAGUGUGCUUUCGUGCUCCAAGUAAAAAUGGUAGCUGUGCCGGAAAGAGGAUACUUUCAUUGGAUCGAUUGGCUGGUGUUUGCAUUUAUGCUCCUCGUGUCUGCCGCAGCCGGCUUAUGGCACUUCAAAAGGGCGCAAAAGUCGAGCACGCAGGACUACCUGCUUGGAGGAAGGAACUUGGGACUCUUUCCCGUGUCCGCUUCCCUCGUUGCCAGCUUCAUAUCAGGCGUGACGAUCUUGGGCACUCCGGCGGAGAUCUACAACUUCGGCACGCAAUAUUGGAUCACCAUCAUCUCGAUUCUUUUCUCCGGCAUCGUGGUCGCCACUGUGUAUCUUCCUGUCUUUACCACUCUGCAACUCAACUCCGUUUACGAGUAUUUGGAAAUUCGAUUCAACCGACCCGUGCGGAUUCUGAUCUCUUUUAUUUUCGUUCUUGACGUGAUUCUCUACCAAUCAAUUGUGGUCUAUGUCCCGGCGCUGGCGUUAAAUCAAGUGAGCGACAUCAAUAUACAUUUGAUUGGAAGCAUUAUGUGCAUCGUCUGCGUUUUUUAUACCGUUCUGGGUGGUAUUCGAGCAGUGGUUUGGACAGAUGCGUUACAAGUCGGCGUGAUGAUAGCCGCAGUUAUCACUGUUACCGCUCUAGGGACCUAUCAAAUGGGAGCGUCUGAGAUCUGGUCCAGGGCCAUGGAUGCCGGUCGCGUCGAAUUUCUCAACUUCGAUCCAUCGCCCUACACGAGGCACACCGUUUGGACUGUACUGAUUGGUUCUUGGUUGUAUUGUACCGCGUAUAUCGCCGUCAAUCAAACUAUGGUGCAACGAUACAAAUCGUUAAAAAGUACGAAAAUAUCUCAAUUAUCCAUCGCGAUAUUUACCGUCAGCAUAAUGGUGUUUAUUUCAAUAUGCUGCUGGUGCGGACUGGUCCUUCUCGCUUGGUGGUCGCCACCGAAAUGCGAUCCAAGAGUUACCGGCUUAAUUACGGCUGACGAUCAGCUAUUGCCGGCUUACGUCAUGGAAAUCGCCCGUCAUUUGCACGGGAUACCUGGCCUCUUUAUUUCCGGAAUUUUUGGCGCGGCGCUCAGUUCAUUAUCAGUGGGCUUCAAUUCGACGUCCGUUGUGAUCCUGGAGGACUUCGUCAAAGGUUGCUUUAAAAUGAAGCCUAACGAACGCUGUUCCACGAUUUUCGUAAAAACCCUAGUCAUCGUAUUCGGUUUGCUGGCGCUGUGCUUGGUAUUCUUGAUCGAGAAACUAGGGGGAGUUUUAUCCGUGACGAAUAGUUUGGCCGCAAUCGCUGCCGGGACUUCCUUCGGCGUUUUCACUCUGGGAAUCUUAUUUCCAUGGGCAAAUUCCAAGGGUGCCCUUAUCGGUGCCAUUGCAGGCUUCAUACUGGCUGGAUGGGUCAGUUUUGGUUCGAAUGCGGUUAUUGGUUCUGGUCUCGUGAGGCCGAAGAAACUUCCAGUUCCGCAUUGCGCGGGAAACGUCAGUCAGCACGUCUUAAGGCAAUUCGAAUGGAUCAACGACGACGACGUCUUCCCAUUGUAUCGGCUGUCCUACCACUGGGUUGCUCCUAUUGGCACGCUGGUGGUACUUGUGGUAGGUGGAAUCGUUACCUGGAUGACAGGUGCGCGAGAUCCCUCAUCGAUCGACAGGAAUUUGCUCUCUCCCGUAAUUCAUAGGUGGCUACCGCAACAAAAAUGUCGAGAUGAGGUGGAUGGAUCGUGCGAGCCAGUAAUAACUGAUCCGCAAAUAUCGAUGAAUUUAUUAUCGGCUAUUCGACGAAAAUCGCAACUAGAUAUUUUGUAAAAAAAAAAGAAAGAAAAACAGAACAGAAAGAGCGCAAACGCGUAUCGUCGUAAUCAAUAGAUAUGUGACAAUUGCGAGAUCUUGAAAUUCUUUUUAUAGAUAUUUCCUUUUAGCUAGAGGUAAUUCUUCCACUUUUUUAAGUAUGCAUUUAUGGAAAUUAAUAUAUGAACCUCCGAUUGUGUCAAGAUUGCAUAUCUCAAUUUUGAACAACCAGACAAGUUAAAUCUAAUGUAACGUAAGUUUACAUUAGAUAUUAAUGUACACUGAGUUGAAGUGUGUGUGGGUAAGAGAGAAAAUGUUAAGUGAUAUUUUUUAUAUGCUGGUAUACAAUAUAAACGGAUUAUAUACAUAUCGCAGUGAUGUAGAUAAUGCAAUUAUUAUAUAAUACAUAUUUUUCAUAGAAUAAGUAGAAACAA